CUUAGGUUGGAGCGAUCUCGCGCAGUUUACCGAGGCAACAGUCGGGAUUGUGGGUUGUAGCAACGGAAAGCCCAUCAUCUGAAACAACGGGACAGUGUCUCGCUUCUGUCUUUCUAUAAAGUGGUCCAGCACAACCCGGUUCUUAACAGUUUGCACCAACACACACCCAGCACAGGAGGAUGGCGGUGAAUGUCUACUCCACCUCUAUGACCAUAGAGAACCUGAGUCGUCAUGACAUGUUAGCGUGGGUCAACGACUCUCUACAGCUGACCUACACAAAGAUCGAGCAGCUCUGUUCAGGUGCUGCAUACUGCCAGUUCAUGGACAUGCUGUUUCCAGGGUGCAUAUUGAUGAAGAAAGUCAAGUUCAAUGCUAAAUUGGAACAUGAAUACAUCCACAAUUUCAAGGUCUUACAGGCUGCGUUCAAGAGGAUGAAUGUGGACAAGAUCAUCCCUGUAGAGAGGCUGGUGAAGGGGAAAUUCCAGGACAACUUUGAGUUCCUUCAGUGGUUUAAGAAGUUUUUCGACGCCAACUACGACGGGAAAGAAUACGACCCUCUACAGACACGGCAGGGCCAGGAGGGAACGCCGCCUCCGCCCAACCCAGGUGAACCCAUUCUCCACAAACCUAAAAGACCCAUCCGCUCAGGCCCCAUGAGAACAUCCCCCACAGUACCGAAGACUGUCCCCACCCCCCAGAGGCAGAUAAAUUUGGCAUCAGCCCGCAGGAGUGCUCCCGUGACCCGCAACGGAGGAGAUGCUGAGCUCAUGGAGCUCAACCAGCAGCUGCUGGAUCUGAAGCUGACUGUAGAUGGGCUGGAGAAGGAGAGGGACUUCUACUUCGGAAAGCUGAGAGACAUUGAACUCAUCUGCCAGGAAAGCGAAGAUGAAACCAACCCAGUCAUCAACAAAAUCAUUGACAUACUGUAUGCUACAGAGGAGGGAUUUGCACCACCAGAGGAUGAAGAAAUUGAUGAAGGGGCACAGGGAGACCAGGAGGAGUUCUGAGCUGAUCCUCUUCACCAUCACCACGUGUGAUCGUCCCGUUCUCCUCCCACCUCUCACCCUUUAAUCUCCCUAAUCAUUAUUGUCAUCUCCCCCCCCCCCUCUUCGUUUCACCCUUUUCUUUUACUUUCUCCAAUCUCCCCUUACGUCUCCCAUCUUGUCUGUGGCUGUCCAUAUCCAUGACGACUUUAUUGUACAGCCUAGCUUCCACAACUUCUACUAGCAAAGGACACUUUACCCAGACCUGUCGGGACUAGGGCCCAGCAGCCUAGCUUGGCUUAUUCGACUGAUUCUUGCUUGUUACCAGAGGGGACAGCUGCACUGCAGGGCUGCUAGUCUGUCAAAGGUUUAAGGUUAACAGCAAUGAGAUUACAGGGAUCCAGCACUGACAGCCUGGAGCCAACAGUGCAAUCAAUCUGUGUGUCUGAAGAGGCAGGUCACUUUCUCUCACCGUGCACUCUGAUUGGGUGAAAACACACAUGCAUCAGGGUUCUCUGCAGAGUUUAUAUAUAAAAAAAAACACACACACACAAUGUUUUCCACACAAUGUGAUUAGAAUGAGGAUAUUUUUGACUGACAAAGUGAGAUUAUAGAUGGUCCCUUAAGAGAGAGAGGCCUGCACAUGCAUAUAUUUUGAAUAUAUCGCAUAUGAUGACACAUGUGAACGUACAUUUAGCACGCAGACAUAUCACAAACUUUGAACUGCUCAUAUGUACAUGCAUUCAAAAAAAAAAAAAGUCAUCAUUCCAAGGUUAAAGCAAAACUAUCACAGAGUAUGUUUUUAUCCAUUAAGUUGUCCCACCAGAGAGGGUUUGCUCAUGAAACAGUUUUGACAGCUUGUUUAUGAGGCAGCAUGAUAUAUUUAUGUUUUUAUUUAUUUAUCUUUUUUUAAUCUGCUCUAUACAUUUUCUGAAAAAAAAAAAGUGGUUUUGGAUUUGGGGAAAUUGAAGGAUUUGCACUAAAUGUAGCGAAACAAACUGACUGAAAUGAUCCAAAAUGCCAACACGCAGUGACUGGCUGCAGCCAGAAAGAUAAAGGAAGAUGCAAUUUUUUUAUUUUGUAGAUUUGUUUUUUAUUUGCAUUGAAUUCCUCAAUGGCCACGUCAGUGUAAAACGUAUUUAUCAGACAAAUGUCAGGCUUUGAAUUCUAUGAAUGAACAAAUGUUAAAAAAACAAAAGCAAAAAAAAAAAAAAAAAGAGUACAGACAGACACUACUAAAUACUAAUGUUUGACUGUGUUCAUCGAGUUAAACAUUUUUAGCUGCUAUCUCUAUUUUUCUGUUGCCGUAUUUAAGUUUUCAUAUUUUGUGUAGCGUUAAAACGCCACAGUGGCUGCCAAGGAACUAUGGGUGUGGUUUAUUGUGAUUGGCAGCCAGGCUGAGUGUGAUUGACAUUAGUUGGACCAGUCUGAGAGAACAUAACAUCAAACCCUCUCUCACCGUUUGUUGCCAUGGCAGCCACGUGAUAAACUUGCAUCAUUUGGAGUUACUGCUUGAAUGAAAUAAAGCUCUGAGGUUCAACAAAAGCAA